AUGAUGGAAGUUCUGAAGAGGAUGGAAGGGAAGUGGAACUUCAAGUGUGCAGAGUUCACACAGAAGGGACAGGUGCCACCGAUCAACUCCCACUUCUACUCCCAGCAGUUCAGGGACAAUGGCAAGGAGUCUAAGCUCACGAUGAUGGCGAGUUUGCUUGCGCAUUUCCAGACAGACUUGCAGACCAAGCUGGGCCCUGACACCUACCAGAAGGUGAUGACAACAUGGAGGACAGGCUUGCUGGACUCCAAGCUCUUGCCCGAAGUCCAGGCAAUGCGUCCAGACUUCAAGCUUCCUGAUUUGGGUCUUCUGUUUCUCAAUGAGAGUGAGGAAGGCAAGCUGCCAGAAACCUUUGAGGCAGACGAGGCUGUCGAUGCAGCGUGGGAUGAGCACUGCAUGUUUUACCAGUUCCACGCAUGCAAGAUGGCCAACCUACAGCCCCUCAGCCUUGCAGCCCAGCAGCAGGUAGCAUCGAGGCAGCUCAAGGACUCAAAGGAUGUGCCAGUUCUCGGCGUCGUGAACAUGCCCAUGCUUGGCAGCACCUGCUCCACCCAUAUCGCAACUCUCACCAACCAUGUCAUUGCAGAGAUCAACACUCAGCCCAGCAGAUCCAUCUAUUUGGUGAUUCCUCCAAAUCAGGCUGAGCAUGGGAGUGCCAAGCUGACAAAGGUGGCUCGUGACAAGAAUAUCACCCAGCACCAGGAGAAGUGGAGGGCAGCUUUCGAAUCCAGCCCGACUGCUGUGAUUCACAAUGCCCGAGCAGUUUUCGGCCAGCAGAGCAUGUACUCAGACGACCGGAAGGCUCGGCCAGGUCUCGUGGAAGUGUUCCAUCGCUCCAGCAUGGCCAACUUCACAAAGCAGCACACCUCUGUCCAAGCAAGAGAUACGCAAAGGGAUCCAGACGUCGAGCGAAAGCAGUAUUUCAGUGGCCAAGCCUUCCUCACGCAGUUGCUGUCCAGAGCCUUGCAGACAAGCAGACUUGGACCCAAUAACACAGUCUUGAUCAAGGAUGAGUCAAUGUACGAUGCAGAACUUGCCCCGAGCUGCGAUGGCCAUCAACAGUAA